UAUCGAUACUAUCCAAGAUGGCAGCGUCCAUGCGGAAGAUCGGUUUUCGGCGAUUCCUGCAAAUUUUGGACAAAGAUCUCAGGUUUUCGGUCAAAAAUUCAACCACGUGGGUGGCCCCACGCAAGAACUGUGAUUACUCACGUGAUGUGCCAAUUUUAGGAGUGUUUGGCUGUUGGAAUAUCCAGACGAGGCAUCAAUAUACGUAUCGGGGACGCCUUUUCCGGGGAAAGUUGGACACGGAGUCCAAGUGCAAGCAUUUUGCUGCGUCUUUGUUUCCAAAUGAGCGGGCCCUCGUUCUUGCCGAGCUACAGGGACUGCAGGAUCAUAUUCAUAGAACAGAUAAAUGUGCAACUGAGCCACCAUCCAAAGCACAGUUGAGAUUGGUGCUGCUUAGUAAUGGCAUUCCAUUCAUUGGCUUUGGAUUCCUGGACAACGCCAUCAUGAUCGUUGCAGGUGAUUACAUCGACCUGACAAUAGGUGUCACACUGGGCAUUUCCACAAUGGCAGCUGCUGCCCUUGGCAACCUUGUCUCAGAUCUGGCGGGUGUUGGGUUAGCUGGCUACGUAGAGUCUCUGGCAUCCAGAGUGGGAGUCCAUCCCAAGGAAUUGACUCCAGAGCAGGCGGAUAUGAGGAAAACACGGUGGAUUGCUGGCAUUGGUCGGGCUCUAGGUCUUACGAUUGGAUGCCUUUUAGGAAUGUUCCCACUGCUUUUCUUGGGAACCAGGGAGGAAGUUGAGGAGUCACCAACAGAGGGCGCUGCAGCAGUAACAGGUGACCAGUCGAAGAUUCAAGUGUAGGUAGCAAGCAAUAUAAUGGUAUGCACAAUUUUUAUUUCACUUGGUGCCAGUAUGCCAAAAUAUUUUGUUGGCCAUUUGAUACAUCAUUUGAUCCUCAGGGCAUUUUCAAUACAAUCACAAUUGCUGGUUGUAUGUGAAUUUCAAAGUACUGAAUAUUAUUGGCUAUUGAAAACUGGACAAAUUGUUGGUGUGCUCCUCUCAAACAAGAAGUAUUUGAAUUGUGAUGGCAAAUCAGCUCCAUUCACUUUGUUCUAUGUACUGCAAUGCCAACAAAUCCGGUUUAACCUUUUAAUUGACAACUAAAGCUUUACGUGACAGGGUUGUUUUUGUGUGUCGAUUUUCAUUGGGUAGAAGCUGUUGUUUUUUACUUGUCUAGUCACGAACUAAGUGAAUUUUAUCUGAGAUUUGUUGAUCUCAUUUUGCUUGCACAUCUUUUUGUUAUUUUUUAAGUAGUGUCCGUCUCUUUAAUAUGCCCUUGUGUAAAGAAGCAACUGUUAAAGAAAUGUUCGUCUUAGCUGUAAAACUGUGCAAUAUUACGAUCCAUCAUAUGAAGUGCAGUAUAUUAUAUAAAAAUAUUGAAGUUUAUUGGACUUUUAACCUUUUUGGUUUUGCCGAGUUAUAAUUCCUUUUGUAUUACUAUGAAAUUCCUAAUGAAUUUGUACAAAUCUUCGGUUCAGUUCUAAAUGGUCCUUACAGCAGUCCUAUAAAUUCUGGCAGACAGACUCUAAGGGCAGAUUUUGGGCUUGAAAAUGUCAAUUAUUUCAGAUUAAAACAACUUCCAUGAUUAGAUCUUUCAAUUCUUUUCUCUUGGUUUGUUAUUUAAAGCAUUUUUUUUAAAAACAGGAACCUUUUAACCAAAUUGUCCAAAAAGGACCUUUAGAACUGAAAUGCUGAAAUGAUUAUGUUAUUUAUACAUCGACUCAUCUGCAAUGGUUUCUAGGAAAUUGAACCUGUUGAUUUUAACUAGGAAUUUUUUUUUGCAAGUUUACAGACCUAUCUUCUUUACCUGUUGAACAACUCAAUUAUGUUUUAAAAUGAUGUUUUUCUUUCACUGUAGUAUAUUGACAUUGAUUAUGUAGCAAUCAAUUCUGUAUCUGUUAGAUAAACUGUGUAGUAUAUUCUCCAUGAGAAUUGUAUAAUUUCAAACAAUGUCUAUUACAAAUCGACAUAUUUGAAAAUGUGUCCCAACCAUGCCAUGUCGAGUGAUUGUUUUUAGGUAAUCUACUUGAAAAAAUGAUCUAUCAGAUGUUAACAUUCCUGUAAUAGUUUUGCUCUUUUUCGUUUGUUUAACUAUAGCAGAGCGGCAUUAAGACCAAGGUACACUGAAGAGA